AUGCGGGGCCAAGGCUAUGAUAAUGGCGCAAAUAUGAAAGGUAAGCGAUCAGGAGUUCAAAACAGAAUCUUACAAAUCAAUCCACGAGCUACAUUCGUCCCGUGCUCUUGUCAUUCGUUGAAUCUUGUCGUUAAUGACGCGGCUGCUGCUUCUGGUGAAACUGUUGGGCUUUUCGAUAUAAUUCAGCAGCUGUAUGUAUUUUUCUCGGGAUCGACAAUGCGAUGGGAUGUACUGAAAAGGAAUAUAACAUCAUUGACCGUAAAAGCAGUUAGCACAACAAGAUGGGAGAGUCGUAUCAAUGCUUUAAAAGCUUUGCGCUUUCAGCUCGGAGAGGGCUAUGACGCUCUGAUUGAAAUUCCUAUGGAUGAAGGCAGAGAUAAGCUGACGCAACACGAAGCAAAAAGUUUGGCUGCACGCAUUUCUGACUUCAAGUUCAUAUGUAGCAUUUUAAUUUGGUAUGAUGUAUUGUCAAAAGUGAAUAUCGUUUCAAAAAUGCUACAAAGUCCAGAAUUACACAUUUCGGACUGCAGCCAGCUCCUUUCUGAAGUGUCAAAAUUUCUCCAAGAGUACAGAUCCGAUGAAAGUUUUGCUAAUUUAAUUGAGCGUGCCAAGGAAGUAGCUACCGAGGUAGAAGUUGAGCCUGGUUUUCAGCGGAUCAGCGCUGUUCGUAUGCGACGCAAGAAGAGGCACUUCGAUUACGAAUCACAAGAUGAGACACUAUCAGAUCCGACAGCAAAAUUUAGAGUCGAUUUUUUCCAUUUCAUAAUUGAUACGGCGAUGUCUUCCAUCGAAGAGCGUUUCAAACUGCUCCGGUCUCACAAUGAUCAUUUUCAAUUUCUCUACAAUAUCACCAACUUGAGAGCUGCAAGCGAUUCAGAUGUUCUCAAAGCUUGUCAAAAGUUGUCUAAAUUUCUAACUGAUGGAGACAGUACAGAUAUUGAUGAUGCCAUUGAUUUUUGCCAAGAACUAAAAGACUUGUCGAUCUUUUUGCCAAAAAAUAGCACACCUUUAGAGGUACUAAAUCACCUGCACAAGUAG